ACAAGAAAAAAAAGAUCCUAUUAGUAUACUAUUAAUCAUGCCAUGAUUCAGUAAAAAAAAAAACAACCAGUUCAUCCGUGCUAUAACAAACUUAUGAUACACAGCCAGUUGUAGUCAAAAAAAUGUUUAUUUUUUGGUAAGACGUUCUUGGUAGGCAUCCCAGCCUGCUUUUUUGUAACGUUGGGCUUCAACUACGGGAUCCCGGCCAGCACCAUAGAUUCCACGGCCAACGAUGAUAAUAUCGCUGCCACAAUUCACAAUAACUUCAUGAGGUGUACGGUAUUGCUGGCCCAUACCGUCGCCUUUAACAUCCAAUCCAAUACCGGGAGACAUAGUGAUAAAGUCAUGCUGAAGAUUGGGGAAACGACGGCCGGCAAUGAAGCCAAUGCAAAAGUCGCUAUGUUUUUCAGCCCAUUCUAAAGUAGUUUCUGUGUAAGAACCAGUGGCCAGACUUCCUUUAGAAGACAUUUCCGCCAAGAGAAGCAAGCCGCGACCAAGAGGUAAACCAACUUCUUUCAAACCCUGAACAAUGCCUUCUCCAGGGACAGUAUGACAAUUAGUAAUGUGAGCCCAAGAAGCAAUUUUGUAAACACCAGAAGAGUAUUGGAGCUUGACGGUGUUUCCAAUAUCGGCAAACUUACGGUCCUCAAAGAUGAAGAAUCGAUGCUUCUCGGAAAGGGCGGUCAAUUGCUGAACAAAGUCUUGAUCAAAAUCUUCAAUGACAUCGACAUGCGUCUUAAUGACACAAACAAAAGGACCAAUUUUUUCGAUGAGAGCAAGGAUGUCAGCUUUUUUUGUCAAGUCGACGGCAACAGACAAAUUCGAUUGCUUUUGCUCCAUUAAAGCAAGCAAAGCCUUUGCUAGAGGGUUACUUAACCCAUCUGCUCUUUGUGAAUAUUGGUAAUUGAGUCUAGCAUCCAUUUUUUGUGUAUCUCUACGAAAACUUGCUGUUCUUGAGGUAACUGGAAAUGCCAAAAUGAAGUAAACGUUGAAAGCAGAAAAAAAAAUAGAUUUUGGGAAAGGAGAAACUCAAGAUUUAUCGAAGGAAAAGAAAAAAAAUUACAAUAUGGAUACUCUACUGCAGUUUUGGUGUACUGAGCUGAUAUUCCUUAGUUGAACAAUAAUACCUAACGAUUGUUUGGAAGGAAACGAUUUUUUACAGAUAGUUCCAAAACAAAAUUUAUGUAUCUUUACGUUUAAAUCUACACUUCCAGAGCUCACGGAAGGAAGAUGCUGAAUUAAAGAUAGAAACCAAUUCGACAGUUCAGCAACCCAGCUUUUUCUUGAAGACAAACACUUUCUGAUUUGCCAUCAGGAAAAAGCGGAUACAAUGUUAUGCCGGGGUUCAUUUGCUUUCCGACAAAGGUGGAUGGGACACAGUCCUGUUUCGUAUCAGCAAGAACUGAAUGGAUAUGUCCUCAGUCCAAGGUCGUGCUAACUACAAAAUGAUUGAUUCAAUGAAUUUAAAAUGAUUCAUAUCUUCUUCUUGAAUUUCCUUAUCCAGUCGAAGCACGAGACUUUUGAUGUUGCUCAACACGGGUGAGUAAAUCAAUAUACGAGCCGGACGUGCUUAGACUGUUUCUUUCGCAGUAGAGAAUCAGUUGCCGCUUAGACCAAGAUUUAAGAGGAGGUGAUUUUGAGGAUGGAGAAAAGACCACCACCAGAGAUGAGACAACUAUUAUUCCUGCAAAGGUAAGUGUCAACGCUUUAGAGAUUUUCAUGGCGCAGAGUAGAAAAUCCAUAAACUAUCCAACAAUCACAAGGUAGAAACAAUUCACGAAGGAUGUGAACAAAUCUAGUUUUGUUUUAUGCUUGGAUCAACGUUUGCUUACAAAAGGACAAUGCCACAUAGAGAAGUAAAACAAAAUUUAUGAAUGGGAUUAACAAGCUAUCCUAUUUGGAUCUCAAAGAACUCGUUACAUGGGAACAUAUAAAAACAAAUCCUGUAUGGGUGUGGUGUUGGUGUGCAUAGGCCAUAUAUAUAUUCUAUAAGUGUGUAUUGGAAGUGUGGAGGCAAAAUGAGGGUACAGGAACAGCUAGUCACUGCCACAAAAUAAUGUAUAUAUGAAAUGAAUAAUUUUUACAAAGGAAACAAAGAUGAAAAUAUUUUCUAAGUGCUUUGUAGUAACUCCCUUUCGCUUGGUUACAAAUGUCUUACUAUCAGCUUGUUUAGAGACUGUUGCUUUACCAUCCCACCCCAAUUGACUGUAUAUUUACAGUCGUUUUUUUUAUUAAAUAUAUCAAUUAGUUUCUUACAGUUUUAAGUUACUGACAAACAAUGUCGAAGCAUUCCAAAUUCACACAGAAUCAUAUUACCUUCCUUUACAAAAAGAUAUAUCGUACUAAGACAAUAUUCAUUCAUUACGUCUAUCCAUCAUUAAUAUCAUGAUACAGUCGGUCAAAUGCAUCGACGAAAAAAAAGGCAUUUUAGAGCGCUUUUGAAUGCGUCUUCAGCUACUGUUUUGUCAAGUUCGAUUCUCUCCUCAGAAUUUAAAGAGACUUGAGGACGUUGUCGGCAGAACUAACGUUAACGUCAGUGACUUCGUUUUCAACAAAAGCCUUGGUGACCUUGCCGUCCUCGACAAUAGCGGCAUAACGCUUAGAGCGGAGAGGACCUAAAAGACCGCUGGCGUCAAAGGUGGCGUCGAAGCCCUUGGUGAAUUGACCAUUCCAGUCGGCAAGGAAGUGGACCUUGCUUUGUUCACCGCCUUCCAAGGCCUUUUUCCAGGCAGCAGUGCAGAAGACAUCGUUGACAGCAAUAACGUAGAUACCAGCUACACCCUUAGCUUCGAAACCCUUCUCGUUGGCAACAUAGCCAGGGACAUGAGAGGAGCAGGGAGGAGUGAAAGCACCAGGGACACCAACAACAACGAUCUUGCCUUGAGUGGGCAAGUCGACGUUUUGGUUAGGCUUGUCUUCCCAGAGGGUGACUUUAGGCAAAGGCAUUCCAACAGCGACCAUGGUUAAUAAACUAUGUUAGAUAGAUAAAACAAGCUUGUUCUUGUUGAAGUUGAGAUACCUGUGCCAUAUCGCCCAUUUUUAUAUGAAAAUGACACACUUGGUGGAUUUUCUUUGCGUUUCUUUUGGUGACGUAAAGCAACAUCAAUGAAUGGGUUGGGAAUAUCCCGUGCUUAUUCUCAGUUCUUCCUGUUCCACUGCUCAUGGUUUUCACCAAUCGAUGAUGCAUGACCUGCUUUUCCACUUGAUUCAUCAAAAAAAAUUUCACCAAAGCUUGAUCUGAUAGGAUGACGAAGACUCGGUGGAAUUCGGGGAAUACUGUGGUUGUCUUUGUAUAUCAUAAAUGAUAUAAGCUAGUUUGCUUGUAUAUGGUAAUAUUUAUUAACACGUUGCGUUGCUUUUCGUUAAAAGUACAAAAGGAACAAAUUCUUAUUAUCCUGAAAGUAUCGUAUUAAGGAGAAAUAAUUGACCUUUUCUGAUGUAGGAAGAGAAUAAAUAAGGAAUGGACUACUUUGAAGGAGAACCGUUUGAUGGAAAGGUUGUCUGUAGGAACAGCUAAAUCAUCUAAUGGAUUAGUCUUGGAUACUUUAGGAAUGCAAGGAUGAUGGCUUUCUUUUUAUGCGUGCAUCCAAAGGAAUCCGGACAUGGUAGAAGAAGAAACCGUCUACAGGUGGAUCUAUAGAGCUUUACGCGCUUAAACCGACUCAUAGUGCUUUGGUGUAAUGUUUUGAUUCUGGAAUCAAAACAACUAUCUAUCCGUUACGUUCUAACCCCACUUAAAACUGAUCUGUACGUUUCUCUUUUCUGGCUUCUACCAACAACGAAAUAGGGACCAAAAAAUAAAGAUGGGCUUUAUUUCUUGUAAGAAUUGGCUAUUAUGGCUGAUUUCUGUCUACUGUAUCUUGCAAUUGAGUAGUGCUUACUUUCCUUAUUAUCCUGACUUUAGAGAGAAUCGGAUCAGAAUAAGUUGUGGAUAUGUUGAAGUCGAGUCAAACAACACUAAAGCUUAUUUUCACUAUAGUACACAUGGAGAUGACAAACCAGCGGCCUCGACAGUUUUUAAUGUGAAGGACGAGGAGUGUGCUUUGGGAUCCUUAGGAGGCAUGAAAUCUCUUUUUGCAUUUCCCUCAGAGCUUGCUCUGGGCCGACUUAGUGCUGUUUUUUAUAUUCCUCAGGAGAAGCGAGAUGAAUGGACCGGACCAUUCAACUGCAACAAAACUUCGGUAGCGAACAAUAUAAUACCGUUCAACGGAACUUACAAGGAGGACAACCUGAAGAUAAAUGAAUCUGGUACUUAUUGUUACGCUGUGAGACCUUUGACAAGCUUGGGUUCUGCUAUUGAUUCUUGGGUUUACUACUAUGAUUAUGAUUAUGAUUAUGUCGAUUUUCUUGCGAAUGAAUCGACUCUCAUGCUUAUUCUCCGGUCUGCUCCAUUAAUUUUUACAGGUCUCUUAUUUUUCGUAGCUUGUAUUUGGAUCUACUUACUCCUUUCCCAACCGGCGAAAAUAUUGCCUAUUCAGUAUGGGUUGUUAGUAUAUAUUAUCGCUAAAGCUAUUGGAAUCACUGUUGAAGAUCAUGAUGAGGAUCUCUACAGUGGAAUCAGUUACCCGAUUGAGCUUUCUAUUCAUUGUCUACUCCUUUUCCUUGGCUCUUUUGGUAUUGGGGUUUGGCGACCUGUGCAGUUUGUUCAAUACAAAUUUUUAUUCAUGGCUAUUGGUGGGUUUUCUAUUUUAGUGUUCUUGAACAUUCUCUCCUCACUGACCGACAUAUUCUCCAUCCAUAUCGAACAACUUAGUCUAUGGCUAAUUACCAGCGUUUCCAAUGCUUUUUGGUUGUCUUCGAUACUUGUGUUUUAUAAGGAAUGGAAACAAUUAAAUACCAAGUCUGAAUCCUCUGCAAAGGUUUGUAAACGUUCCCUUGUUUAUUGUAUUGCUGUUUUUGCUCUUCAACCCAGGAUAAUUUUGACACCCUUUUUAGGUGAAAGUUUAUCUGCGCGUAUCAUUGAGUUUUUGUUAAAGCUCCUUCUCUAUAUCAUUGAAAUCAUUAUUCCUUGUUGCAUUUGGUUUCCCUCCCAAAAUGAGAAACUUGCUUACACAUCAAGCUUAAAAAUUUAAGUCUUUCUUAGCUAUUAUCUAUUAGCUUACAAUUGUCCAAUUUUUUUCGUUAAUUUCAAGCAAACUAUAGUCAUAACUUUUUAUUCCGGUUCUUUUAUUCUAAAUAAUAUGAUAACAUGGUACCGUUCCAUGAUUUAACUAUAAUGAAAAAAAAAAAAA